AUUGUGUGUCAGUCAGGAUCCUCCUCCCCCGGCGGUGACAUCAGGCGGGAGCUGGUGCUGUGCGGAGCUUGCCUGGUAGAUGCUAGAAUCAAGUGGGCUAAGGGACCUUUUCCGUAAGGGGGAGGAGUUACGCCGCAAGGGGGAGGAGCUAGGCCAGCGGGAUAGUUCCUCUACUAUCCACGCCACCAACUAUUACCUUUAGUAAUUAGGUGGUGAGCGAAGCGAGCCACCGUGCCCGAAGCGUGGCGAGCGAAGCGAGCCCGCGAGGGUACUUUUCGGGUACCCUGUUCGCCCGUAGCUCCUCCCCCUGGUGACGUAGCUCCUCCCCUCAAUACGUCACAAGGUCCCUUCAGCCCCUCCGAUAUAGAACCAACCGAGCUUGCCUUGCUGUGUGCCGGGAGCCAGAGGAGACGCCGCGAUGCCGAACAAGCGCGCCAGCCGCAACGCCUUCUUCUUCUUUGCGCUGGACAUGGUGCAGACACUGCGGGAGCGCGGCCACAAGGUGUCCGGAGUGCGGGAGGCCAUUCCGCUAUGCUCAUCCGACUGGGCGAUGUUGACCGUUGAAGAGAAGGACAGAUAUGCUGAGAGAGCCAAAUCAUGGAAGAACCGUGAGCCUGACCCACCCAGCCCCAUAGCUGAUUAUAGGCAUGUAGAGAGAACGUCUGUGUCGGAACGAACCUCCCGAAUAUGGGCGCAGCAGAAAGAACAGCCCAGAGGAGGGUCUCAGCAUCAGGAGCCGUCACAGAAGCAGAGCAGCGAGUUGGAAAGCAAAGUGAUUUACAUCAUUAACGUGUUCAGCCACGGAGACAUGCCCAACCUGUGUCCUCAGCCAUUCGUCCCCUGUGAGAUUGGCUGUGUGCGCUACUCGCUGCUGACGGGCGUAAUGGGUUCUUUCCACGACUUCAUUGACCCAGGAGAGCUGCCGCUCGGGUUCCGCUACCACUGUCACGCCGGAAGUGCUGCCACACAUCAGAUCCCGGUGUCCGGAUUUGAGCUGGCGAACAAGGAUUACCACAACAUGUUCCGCGGUCUGUGUGAAUUCGCCGGUCCUGCCCGCGGUUUGCCUGCAGAGGUCUAUUGCAGGAACAAUGACAUGUACAGGGUGAAGUGGUGCCUGCAGUGGCUAGCUGACAAAGCUGGAAUAAGAAACCCAUUUCAGCUGCAGGAUAUUGAAAGUUUAAUCAUUCAGUACUACAACGUAAAGCUCAGGGAUGAGCCUUCCAAAUCCAGCGUGCACCGCCUCCUCGAUGUCGUCCACUGGGACUACGCAAACAAUACCAGGUGCAAAUGGCACGAGGAGAAUGACAUGUGGUGCUGUGCGCUGGCUAGCUGCAAGAAAGUAACCUACUGUAUGAGCAAAGCUCUGUCCUCUGUGUACGGCAUAGUACUCACACCAGGUCACUUGCCAAGCCUACAGCCGGAAGACCAGCAGCAGUCUGCCAGCGCUAAGACCAUUGUCCUCAACGCUAAGAGAUACCAGAAAAGUAUGGAUAGUAAAUUUCCCUCUGACCACUUCAAUCAGUCUACACGUAUAGAGCACGAUAUGCCAUGGCUAGGACGACAGAUGACUACUCCCUGCAUGGGGCGAGGGAGAGGAAUACUCAGAUUGUUGGAGGCUGUCCCUGUGUCUUCCCUGCCGGCGACGCACCCUCCUCACCACUUUGGCGCAUCUGAUGGGCAGCAGAGCUUCUAAAGGAAAUUUAUAGUUUAAAAAAUACAAACAUUGGGCAUGCCGCCAUGAUCUGUUAUAUGAUGGUUCUUACUGGUGAGGGUGACCUAGUUUUUCUUUCUUCUGAGGCGGCAUUCUGAGUCCAUGUAACAGUAUAGGCGCCUAAAACGCGUAAUCAGAGGAAUUUUUGGUUUAGCAAUCCAAACCUGGAACGGAUCAUUUGUUGCCUGUAUCGGUGUAUGCCGUCAGUCUGAUUUUCUGUUAUGCAUUGCCUUUUUGGAAAGGUGCCAAACCUAGAACCACACAGUGUGGGGCUGUAACAGUAUUGGAACCUGUAACUUAUGUGCUGAUAAGGUCCCCCGUCUGUUGAUGUGGCCCAAUUUAGUAUUUACACAGGCAAAAUUAGAUGGAUAAAUAAAGCCUUCAGGUAAUAUAUUUCAACUUUACAGGGCCAGUGACAUACAGAUGGGUCCUUCCAUACCUGUUCCACUUGCCCUUUGCCGCAAAUAGUGUGCCCGCACUGCCUUCGUGAUCCAGAGGAUUGGGUGGGUGUGUACGUUCGGGAUCGGUAUGAAAUCCCGGCAUGGUCAAAAUCCCGAUAUAUAAAAUGUCGACAGGUCAAAAUGGCGACAUGAGUUUUUCAUUUUAUUUUUUUUUGUGUGUGUGUAUGUCGACACAGGUCAACAUGGAUACAAUAUAAGUGUACCGCGUCCCCUCGCAUGGUGCCUCGCUACGCUCGGCACGCUAUUAUAUUCCCCCUCCAGGUCCACUGGAAUGGUAAAGUAUGAACAAGUCUGUUUCAAUAAAAUAAAAAAAAUCAUAAAAAAAUCAUGUCGGCAUUUUGACCUGUUGAUAUUUUACAUGUCGGUAUUUUGACCUUGUCCGUAUUUUAAAUGUCAGUAUUUUGGGUGUAAUUCCGAGUUGAUCGCAGCAGGAAAUUUUUUAGCAGUUGGGCAAAACCAUGUGCACUGCAGGGGGGCAGAUAUAACGGGUCUGGGACUGAGGGUCGACAGCAAAAAGGUCGACACACCUUAGGUCGACGCCUAUUGGUCGACACACCUUAGGUCGACAUGGACAAAAGGUUGACAUGAGUUUGUUUUUUUGGUGUCGUUUUCUUCGUAGAGUGACCGGGAACCCCAAUUAGUGCACUGUGUCCCCUCGCUUCGCUCGCCAUGCUUCGGGAAUGGUGCCUUCGCUCCGCUACCGCUUCGCUCGGCACACUUUACCGUUCCAAUCGUAGUCCGCGUGGAUCGUUAAGUAUGAAAAGGUUUCAAAAAAGAAAAAAAAUCGUAAGUCAUGUCGACCUUGUUCCUGUCGACGUUUUGUCCAUGUCAACCUAAGGUGUGUCGACCAAUUUGUGUGACCUAAGGUGUGUCGACCUGGAGUCCGGAUACCGAUAUAACAUGUGCAGGGAGAGGUUAGAUUUGAGUGGGUUAUAUUGUUUCUGUGCAGGGUAAAUACUGGCUGCCUUAUUUUUACACUGCAAUUUAGAUUGCAGAUUGAACUCACCACACCCAAAUCUAACUCUCUCUGCACAUGUUAUAUCUGGGUGUGGUUCAUCAAAUCGACAGUGUCUAGGUCGACAAUGUUUAGGUCGACCACUAUAGGUCGACAUGGUUUCUAGGUCGACUUGUGCUGGGUCGACAGGUCUAAAGGUCGACAUGAGAAUUUAUUUUUUUGGUGUCAUUUUCUUCAUAGAGUGACCGGGAUCCCAAAUUAGUGCACCGCGUCCCCUCACAUGGCUCGCUUCGCUCGCCCUGCUUCGGGCAUGGUGCCUUUGCUUCGCUUAGCACACUUUACCGUUCCAAUCGUAGUCCACAUGGAUCGUUAAGUAUGGAAAAAUUCAAAAAAAGAAAAAAAAAAUGUGAAACUCGUGUCGACCUUUAGACCUGUCGACCUAGCACAUGUCGACCUAGAAACCCUGUCGACCUUCCAUCCAUGUCGACCUAGACACUGUCAACCUAUAGUGGUCGACCUAAACAUUGGCGACCUAGACACUGUCGACCUUCAGACCGGAUCCCGUUAUAUCUGCCUCCCCUGCAGUGCACAUGGUUUUGCCCGACUGCUAACAAAAAACCUGCUGCGAUCAACUUGGAAUUACCUCCUUUGUCCAUGUUGGGAUUUUGACCUUGUCGGGAUUUUGACCGUAGGUCAAUUGCGGUUGGGAUUUUAAUUGUCUGUAAAUUGACUGUAUCCUGUACGUUCCCACAAACUGCCUGCACACUGGUGCAACUAGUUGCAAUCACGGUGCAGCCUGUUCACAGGAUGGAUGAGGACCGUCACAUCUGUAAGGGGUGUGGUGUGGUAAACCCGUCCCGUGAGCUUAUAGUUAACUCACAUUAGUGCAGAGUUUUCCAAAUUCUGUCGCUUACGGUCCAGGAUUUAAAGAUAUCUAUGCUUGAGCACAGGUGACUUAAUUAGGAUCUCAGUCGAUUUGGUUUAACCAUCUGGACUCCUUUAAAACCUGUACGGUAAUAGCGGAGUUCAGGGAACUGUAUCAGUGAAACAAGUGUUGUGGGUGGAUAUUAGUCGGUGUCAAUGGAGAAUGGAGUCAGUACGCACCGGAGCAUUCAUUGGGGCAGAUGUAUUAAUCUGGAGAAGGCAUAAGGAAGUGAUAAACCACUGAUUUGUGCAAGGUGAUAAAGGCACCAACCAAUCAGCUCCAAUAUGUAAAUUAACAGUUAGGAUCUGAUUGGCUGCUGCCUUUAUCACCUUGCACAUAUCACUGGUUUAUUACUUCUUUAUGCAGUCUCCAGGUUAAUACAUCUGCCCCAUUGUUCCCUGCAUGGAAUGAGCUGCCAGCUGAUCGUGCAUCGUAUACAGAGGUUUGUGCAGGUUCUUAAACAGGAUAUAUGUACGCUGAUGCCAGUAUGAAGGCUGGAGACUUUUCUGAAGGGCUAUUAAUGUUUACGUUCCUUUGCCUUACACCAGAUACAGCCGUUCCUGUUUGGUUACAAUAAGGAUGUUGCAUGUUCUUUUGCAGUGACGUUUCUCUGUAGUUUGAUGCUCAUGCAGAAUUUUCAGUUAAAAAAAAAAAAAGUCCUCCUUUAUUUUACAUACAAAAUGUCUGUUUAUUGCAACAAGAAUAAAGCAGUUGUUUUGUCCGUC